UCGCGGAAGUGGAACUUGUCAGAGUUCAUCCUGCUGUCUCAGAAAGCCAGUGCUGCAGCUUUUGUAGCUUCUGUGACCCUCUCAAACCAGACAGGAAAUAUCUAAAAACAAUGUCUCUGUCUUUCGAGGGAAGAGUCGUGCUUGUUACUGGGGCCGGAGGAGGUAUUGGCAGAGAAUAUGCACUGGCUUUUGCUGAGAGGGGUGCCUCAGUAAUAGUGAAUGACCUUGGGGCAGACACUAAAGGAGGCGGAAAGAGUUCUGCAGCUGCUGAUAAGGUGGUGGAAGAGAUAAGAGCGAAGGGAGGCAAGGCAGUGGCGAACUAUGAUUCUGUAGAAGAUGGAGAGAAGCUGAUCCAGACAGCAUUGGAUGCAUUUGGAAGAAUAGAUGUUGUUGUAAACAAUGCUGGAAUACUUCGUGACCGAUCAUUUGCCAGGACGAGUGAUUUGGAUUGGGACCUCAUUCAAAGAGUUCACUUGAGAGGCUCUUUCUUAGUGACUCGAGCUGCCUGGAACCACAUGAAAAACCAAAAGUUUGGCAGAAUCAUCAUGACUGCUUCAGCCGCAGGGAUCUAUGGCAACUUUGGCCAGGCCAACUACAGCGCUGCCAAGCUGGGCUUGCUGGGGCUGGCUAACACUUUGGCAAUCGAGGGUCGCAAGUACAACAUCCACUGCAAUACGAUUGCUCCUGUUGCUGGGUCACGGCUCACAGAAACAGUCAUGCCUCCAGAUCUUGUGGCAUCUCUGAAGCCUGAGUAUGUUGCUCCUUUGGUCCUCUGGCUCUGUCAUGAACAAUGCCAGGAGAAUGGAGGACUGUUUGAGGUUGGUGCAGGGUGGAUUGGUAAAUUGCGCUGGGAGCGUACUCAGGGCUAUAUAGUGAGACAGAGGAACCAAUCCAUGAAACCCGAGUCCAUCAGGGACCACUGGGAAAAAAUAUGUGACUUCACAGAUGCCACCAAACCUGCUAAUAUACAAGUUCCAUUACAUGGUGUACUGACCCUUUCUGUUUUCUCUUAUUUCUCUUCUCAGACUAAAGCAGUGGGACAAAAACUUCCUCCAACCACUUUCAGCUUCAACCAUACCCAGUGUAUCCUGUAUGCGCUGGGUGUCGGCAUGUCCACCAAGGACCCAGACCAUCUGAGGUUCCUGUAUGAAGGCCAUCCGGACUUCAGCUGCCUCCCCACCUUCGGGGUCAUUUCCUCCCAGGCAGCUAUGAUGGGUGGUGGUCUGAGCUCAGUCCCUGGACUCAACAUAGAUUUUACCCAGGUGUUGCAUGGAGAGCAGUACUUGGAGCUUUACAAACCUCUGCCAACUUCAGGUAAACUCACCUCUGAGGCCACGAUAGCAGACGUGUUGGAUAAAGGAUCUGGAGCCGUCAUCCUCCUGGAUGUGAAUACCUACAGUGGCAACGAGCUGGUGUGCUACAACCAGUUUUCAGUGUUUGUUGUCGGCGCUGGAGGCUUCGGAGGAAAGAGAAGCUCUGAGAAAGCCAAACCUCCUCUUCCUCCUCCUAAACGCUCACCAGAUGCUGUUGUGAUUGAUUCGACCACAAGAGACCAAGCUGCCUUGUAUCGCCUGAGUGGAGACUGGAAUCCUCUUCAUAUAGACCCCAGCUUUGCUGCUAUGGGAGGCUUCAAAGCUCCCAUCCUGCAUGGCCUGUGUUCGUUCGGCUUCGCUGCGAGACACGUCCUCAAGCAGUUCGCCGACAACGACCCCUCCAGGUUCAAGGCCAUCAAGGUUCGCUUUGUGAAGCCGGUGAUGCCGGGUCAGUCACUGCAGACUGAGAUGUGGAAGGAAGGCAACAGAGUUCACAUCCAGUGCAAAGUGAAGGAGACCGAUGCAGUCGUGCUGGCAGGAGCCUAUGUGGAUUUGCACGGAGCCUCAGGAGCAUCUCCAGAAAAUCUCUCUCAGGGAGGUGGUCUUCAGAGUGAGCUGGUGUUUGCAGAGAUCGGCCGUCGUAUCAAAGACGUGGGCUCAGAGCUGGUCAAGAAGGUGAACGCUGUGUUCGGCUGGGAGAUAACGAAAGAUGGGAAGAAAGCGGCACAGUGGACCAUUGAUCUGAAGAGCGGCAGCGGGUCAUUGCACAAAGGGCCUUACAGCGGAAAGGCGGAUGUGACCAUGACUGUGUCGGACGAAGACUUCAUGGAGGUGGUGCAGGGGAAGCUCAACCCUCAGAAGGCCUUCUUCUCUGGCAAGCUGAAGGUUAGAGGGAACAUCAUGCUGAGUCAGAAGCUGGAGGUUAUCCUGAAGGACUACGCCAAGCUGUGAGCUCCUCAGCCAGCCAAUCAAAUGACUUCAAGAACUGACCAACCUACAAGCUCGCCUUCUCCUUCUGUGUGUGUGUGUGUGUUUACAUACUUUUCCUCUGGAGGGAAACACACAAAGUGACCCUGAGAAUUAAUUCUGAAGUGUCACUAAUCAAGUUUCAAAUCAAACGUCUUUAUUCUCAGCCAUCAUGAGGAGAAACUAAUUCAGAGCACCUGGUUAUUUACACCUGGGUACAGUCGGUCCUUGCUAACCUGUGCCUAAUGAAUCAUGUAGAAAAUAAACAAAGCAUUUCAUAAAUGUAAUUGCUUCACAAAGACCGUGCUCAAAUGUGUCUAAUGAAACGAUUGCUCUUCUAUUAAAAAGAACUAAAUGAGAAUAAAACCUCAUCAUUUAACACUUAAA